AUGCGUCUUUGUGCCGUCGUGCUACUGACAGCGGCUACCCUGGUCGUAAGUGCCAGCGCUACAUUAGGCGUGAAAGCUGCAGAAAAUGGUUUGGUUCAUCCGGCUCAAGAUGGAACUCAAGGCGUCAGCGUCAGCAAAUACAGACUUUUGCGAUCCCAGAACACUGCGGAGGACGAACAAGAGGAGAGGACGUUCGGUAUCAAGUCGAUCCCCGGCGUUGACAAAAUCUCCAACUUCGUAAGCAACCAAAAACUGUCAAAAUGGCUGAAGAAAGAUAAGGACGCGGACGCCGUCUUCAUGAAGUUGAAACUCAAUACGGCUGGCGAAAGUAUUUUUCAGAACCCCAAGUUUCUCGUCUGGGCCAAGUACGUGAGCAACUACAAUGGCAAGCACGAAGACAAGAUAGCGUCGAUGUUCCCGACGUUGAUGAAGCAGUACGGUCAGUCUCGUUUGGCAAGGAUGCUCGAAGAAGCCAAGCAAGUGGGAACCACCAAAGAUGUCGCCACCAAACUGCAGACUGAGCAGAUGAAGUUCUGGAAGGAUGCUGGGGUCACAACAGACGAUAUUUUCAAGUCGUAUAAGCUCGACAGUGGAGUGACGAACUUGCUCGAUAACCCUGGAGUGAAUAUUUGGAUCCGAUACGCUGACGAGUUCAACCCUGGCUCAAAGAUAAUGCUCUUCGAAAAACUCAGAUCGACCUAUUCAGACACGGCGUUGUCGCAGAUUCUGAUUGCGGCGCAAAAAUCCUCGAAGACGGAAUUGCUGGCAUCAAAACUGCAGAACCAGCAACUCCGGGUUUGGCUGGACAGGCUGGAACCGCCGGAAAACGUCUUCAAGUUGCUCAUGCUCGACAAGGGGGCAGAUGGGCUUCUUGCUAACCCGCAACUGCAAACGUGGAUCCGAUAUACAGAAACGUACCGAAAAGAGAAUCCCUACGCGAGAAAGGUGACCGUGAUAGAUACUAUGAUGAGCUACUACAGCGACACCGCUAUGUCAACUAUCCUCAAGACGGCAAGGACGCAUAAGGCAAGAUACGCAGCUUCAGGUUUGGAGCGUGAUCUUCUCGCUAGAUGGGCGACAGCUAAAAAGCCAAUCGAAUACGUCACGAAGACUCUGAGGCCGUCAACAGCGGCGGAAAAGAUGCGUGUGGAGGUCUUGUAUCAAUCAAUGCUCCAAGCGGCUCGCUCUUCCUAGGCGAGACUCGUUGUUGCGAAGACGAUGCUAUGAACAACUAGCUUCGGUUUCAAAUACUAAAGCAACACGAUUAUUUUUUAUACAAGGGCGAACAUACCGUAGCUCAUACAGUUUGUGCUAGGGGAAAUACGUUCUAGAGCCUCAAGUUAUAACA